AUGAUCCACGUGGCUGAGAUCAUUAAGGGCGGAUUAUUUUGGCCGUAUACGGCUGGUUGGCUGGCGUGCGCUGCGCGCUCGGGCCCGCUCGUUUCUCGCCCGUCUGACCCGCCCGGCCCGCGCGCGGCCCGGGCCCAACAAGUGGCGGGCGCCAGCGCCCCGCAUAGGGCCGCACCACGCAGCCCCGCACCGCACGGCAUGGCGGCAGCUCAGCUGUUGCCUCGGACGCGGAGGAGCGAUGGAAUGCGAACGCCCGGCGCGUCGCCCAGGAAUGCGUUCGGCGCGCGCGUGGUGAACGCGGUGGGGCGAGGCGGGGCGCGCAGGGCUAGGGCACUUUCCUCGCACGCGUGCAGGCCCUUGGGAGUCUGGAGGCCCGUCACGCCGCCGCCCUCGCCGCCGCCGCGCUGCCUGCCGCAGCGGGCCAGCCGCCACCGUUCCCGCUGGGCCACGCCGCCGCUGCAGCAGCAGCCGCCGCCGCAGCCGCUGCAGCCGCCCCCGGAGCGCCGUCGCCGCUCAGCAGUCUAUGCGUCCGCAGCCCCCCAGGUCAGCACGGGGCCAUCGGGGCCUGGGCCGGACGCCCAUCACCGCCGCCGCACCCAUGAACCCGGGGCCCCCGCCGCCGCUGCACGGCCCCCCGCGGGCCCCCCGCCGCACCCGGCCAUGUGCCCCAUGAUGCCGCACGUGCAUAGUGACCCCUUCUACUGCUCACCCUUCGGAAGUCCUUACUACAGGAUUGCAACGCUGGACGGCAAGGUGGAGGAGGAGGCGGCAGCGGCGUCGCCGGCGCCGACGCACCGCGGCCGGAGAUAA